CUCAAUCAAAUAAUAUAACUGAAGUUAGAAAGAGGGAAGGGAAAGAAAUUAGGGCAAAAAAAAUUAGGGGCAACAAAUUGUGAUUUGACACAGAGCUCCACAACUGAAAUUUGAUAGCGGGAAGAGCGAGACUCAAAGAGCAUCGAAAGCUUUUCGAGUUUCAAAAGAGGAGAUUUGUUGUUCUGAGAGGGGGAGGGAGGGAGUUCGUUUGUUUACUACUGAGAGAAUAGGGAAGUUUCUUUCUAAUGUUUGUGAUUUUAUGACUCGUAAUGUUCUAUAAACUACAGAAACUGCAUAGAUUAUACGGUCUCAAUUUUUGUAUGUUCAUGUAGCUAAUUAUGAGUUUCCAACUUUCCGUUGAGAAUAUGUCUAGACUCCCUGUUUUCGAUAAUUAAAUCCUUUUUCUAAUCAGGUAUUUUCUCCCUGGUAGAUUACAUCGUCAAAUUAGUGUUCAGUACGUUUGUAGGCUGCAAAUAGUCUCGGAAGACACACGGCGGUUGUGAAAGAAUGGAUCCAGGAUACAUUGCAGAAACAUCCAGGCAUUUAGAGAAACAGAAUGAGCUUUUAUGGGAGACUUACAGAUCAAUGUCUCAUGAACUGCAAAAACUUCAGGUGGAAGAAGAAAUGCUGAUGCGAAAGUUUUAUGAGGUCAUGUCUGCUCAUGGUUUAACUAAAAAGAAAGAUGCUAAUAGUUUUCUGGAUGAAUUGCUGGAAAAGAAAAAUGAUACUAUGGAAGACUUCAGCCAUCAACAGUCUCAAGAAGCUGUUGAUCAGACCAGCAGCGAUGAGGAGCAGUGAUUUUGGAACUCAAGUAUUUAAUCACUUUAAUUUCUUAAUAUACAUUAUAUACUAUUAUACUUGUUAAAAACAUAUCAGUGAUCCCAGAGCUGGAUAGCUUAAUUCUUUUUUAUUUUUUCAUUAGUUAAAACAGUUAUCAUGUUUUGGAAAACAAUUGUUCUCAUAGUAAUCAUUCCAAACCCUAAGAUAUAUAUUUUGAUUAUUAUCA